AUGAGAAAAACUUCAUCAUCGCUGGUUGAAUCGCAACCAAUGGAAAUUGAAAUAACACGUGAAUUACCACCAGUUGAAUUACCACCUGUAACAUUCGAUCAUAUUCGAGAUCGUUUACGUACUUCUCUAAAAUCCGUUACAGAAUCAAAUGAAAAACAUAAGAUGGAAUAUGAAAAAGUUAAUCAAGCAUAUGAAGCUAGUCAAACAUCUUUAGAAAAAAAUACAAUUGAUUAUCCACAAAUGGAAAAAGCUUAUCAAUUUUAUCAACAAUGUCGUGCUUACGUAUAUUCAUUUCUUGAAUGUUAUAAUGAAAAAAUGAUGACACUCAAAAACCUUGAAGAACGUUGGUUACAAUUAUAUAAACAAAGAACGGAUAUGAUUAUAACUCGUCGACAAGAAGAUGUUAAAGAUCAAUGUAUGGAAUAUUCAACAGUAAAAGCAGCAGCGCUAGUCAAUGGUACAUUAACAACAAAUGAUUUUCGAACAGCACUUGAUCAAAAACGACAACGUCGAGCAACUGAACGUGAAGCACGAAGAUUACGAAGAAGAAAAGAUCGUGAACAAACAACAAAUCAACAUUUCGAUGGAAUGUCAACAGAUGAUGAAGAAAAUCAAUCAGAUAUUAGUUCAUUUCUAACACAAAAACAAGAAAUUCUUAAUGAAGCUGAACAUGUACUUGAUGAUGUUUCGGAUGAAUUUUCACAAUAUAGAAAUAUAAAAACUAUAUUUGAACAGUGGAAAUAUGAACAAAAUGAUACAUAUACAGAUGCAUAUAUUGAAAUAUGUUUACCAAAAGUAUUUUCACCAUUAAUACGAAAAGAAACGAUUGAUUGGAAACCAUUCGAAACACCUUGUCGAGCUAUUGAAGAUCAUCAAUGGUAUCAAGAUUUAUUAUUCUAUGGUACAAAAGAUGGACGUAAUGAAAAUGAAGAUUUUCAAUUUGUACCAUUAAUCAUUGAAAAAGUUAUUAUACCAAAACUAACAAUUAUUAUUGAAAAUAUAUAUGAUCCAUUAUCAUUAAAACAAACAACAAAUCUUGUUAAAAUAAUUGAAAAUAUAUUUCAAACAUAUCCAACAAUGACCGAUGAUAGUAAAAAUGUUAAAACUUUACUAAAAUCUAUCGUUGAUCGUUUACAACGUUCGUUAGAUGAUGAUAUUUAUAUUCCAUUAUAUCCCAAAGAAAUAAUUGCUCUUGGUUCAUCUCGAAUAUCAUCAAAUAAUUCAGCAAUAAUUGCAACAGAAUUUUUCUUUCGUCAAUAUUGGACAUGUGUUAAAUUAUUAGGUAAUAUAACAUUAUGGUCACAAGUACUUUCAUUAAAAACAAUACUUGAUUUAUCAAUUGAUGGUUUGUUAAAUCGUUAUAUCUUAUUAGCAUUAAAACAAAUGGAUUUAACAUCAAAUGAAAUGAUAACACGUUGUCUUGUAUUAGCAAAAUGUUUUCCAAUAAAACAAUGGUUUGACAAUAAUAAAACUAUUCUUAAUAAUCAAUUAAAUGAUACAACAUUACCAGCAUUAGAAAAUUUUUGUUUAUUUUUAAAACAACUUACACAAGAAUAUUCAACAUUAAUUUUUAGUGCUAAUGAUAAAGAUAAAAAAAUGUAUAAAGAAAAUAUUCGACAAAUUCGUGUUAUUUUUGUUCAUCUUCAUGCACUUGAUCAUGCGCUUGAACUAACAAAUGAAUAUGAGAUUAAAUAA